GCCAUACGUGUGUUCCUCCCUCCACUUUCCUUUUACUUUGUCCAUACCAGUGAAAAAUACCCUUUCUUUUUUUCUCUCUCACGCACGCUCCCACAGUGUCACUACCAUUGCAUACGUACUUUUAUACAUAUAUGGGACCAUUGUCCUUUGCUUCAAUAUUCUAGCUUUUUCGUGAAAGACACGAUCCCCACUCCCCUUCUCUUUCUUGAUUCCCUUUUAUCUUCUCUUCACUACUCCUUUCAUUCCGAUAUGGAAAUGGAGAAUCAUCAUCACCAUCAUCAUCAGCAUCAUCAAUAUGGUAUGCCUGAUCUUAGGCAACUACUCAACGGAAGGCCAAGUCAUUUCCAAACGGUUCAACAGGGUUCAGAGUUGUUUUCCUCCGGUGACCGGAACCUUCCGCCGCUGCAGCAUCACCACCAGUUUGAUAUGAUGCAAAUGGUGGGUAGACAAGUUGUUGGUCAUGAAUUGAUGCCUCGUGGUGGACUUCAUCACGAGUUCAGUUCUGCUGCUGCUGCUACUCCCACGGCUGCUAUGGCUGCAGCAGUCAAUAGUGGUUCAACACCGAGUGCUAGUUGUGGGUUCGAAGGUGAAGCUAUUGCCUUUGGAGGUGAUGGAGGAACUGGAAGAUGGCCUAGGCAAGAAACUUUAACACUUCUUGAGAUCAGAUCUCGGCUUGAUCCUAAGUUCAAAGAAGCUAAUCAAAAAGGUCCUUUGUGGGAUGAAGUUUCCAGGAUCAUGUGUGAAGACCAUGGAUACCAAAGGAGUGGGAAAAAAUGUAGGGAGAAAUUUGAAAACUUGUACAAAUAUUACAAGAAAACUAAAGAAGGGAAAGCUGGAAGACAAGAUGGUAAGCAUUAUAGAUUCUUUAGACAACUUGAAGCUUUAUAUGGAGAGUCAAGUAAUUCAGUUUCAGGCCAUAAUCAAUUUACUGGGAACGGUUUUGGGUUCCAUGGUACUCAAAAUUGCAAUAUUGGUCACUCUCAAAAGCUUUGUGAUAGCCUUAGUCUCUCAAAUUCCUUUGAAUUUGAACCUUCUUCUUCAGAUGACAAUGAUUUGAGCACUGAAAUGGAGAUCAAUGGUGGUUCAUCAGAGAAGAGGAAAAAGAAAAGGAGUGGUGGUGGUAGUAGUAAGUGUUGGAAGGCAAAGAUUAAAGAGUUCAUUGAUUUGCAGAUGAGGAAAUUAAUGGAUAGACAAGAAACAUGGCUUGAGAAGCUAACAAAGACCCUUGAAGAAAAGGAAAAAGAAAGGGUUUUAAGGGAAGAACAAUGGAGGAAAGAAGAAGCUGCAAGGAUUGAAAGAGAACAAAAGCUUUGGGCUAAAGAAAGAGCUCGGAUUGAAGCUAGAGAUUCUGCUUUAAUGGAGGCUUUACAGAACUUGACUGGUAAACAAUUAAAGGAAAUUGUUAAACCAGAUGAUUGGCAAGAAACUGAAGUUUCUAGGCUAAUACAACUUAAAACCACCAUGGAAGGUUGUUCUGAAGAGAUCCUAUGGGAAGAAGUAGCUGCUAAAAUGGCUUGUUUAGGCUUUGAAAAGAGUGCUUUAAUGUGCAAAACAAAAUGGGAAAGCAUCGGUGCUUAUUUAAUGAAAAACAAAGAUAGUAACAAGAAAAGAAAGGAGAACUGUGACUAUUAUCACAACAACAAUGAACCACUCUACAGUGACUCAGUGAGUCACUCUAAUGCUACUGCUGGUGCUGCUGGCAAUGGUGUAAACGACAGUUGCUUUCGUUUCUUAAUGGCUGAUGGUGAGAACUAUUGGGAAAGCUAUGGUUUGAAGCUCAACAAAGGAGAAAACCAAUGAAAAAAAAGAACAAGAUUUUCAAUAUUAUUCUAAUCCCACAUGAUGAGAUGUUUAUGCAAUUGGGUACGUACUGACUCUACUUUUACAAAUGUAUAAGCAAGAAGCUCACUGAUUUAUGAGAAUUUUUAUAUUUAUAUAUGUAUAGGAAAUUUGUGUCUUAUGUUGUUGUUAGCGACUGCACAUUUAUUAUUAAUACCAAUAAUGGGGUUUAAAUUA